AUGUCCCUGCAGCCCAAGUCAAUCAAGUCGUGGACCCCUGUCGCCAACUCGUCUCCAGCCACGCUGGAGGAACGGGACAUCCCGGCCAAGACCCCCGCCGCGGACGACGUCGACGUCAAGGUGCUCUACUGCGGUGUGUGCGCAUCGGACGUGACAGCGCUCGACGGCGAAAGCGGUCCCCUCGUCGAGAACGCGGUGUACGGACACGAAGUCGUCGGUGAGGUCGUCGCCGUUGGCCCCGAGGCGGAGGGCAUCAAGGUUGGCGACAUUGUCGGCAUCGGUGCCCAAUCCGACUGCUGCCGGACCUGCGAGUUCUGCGAGGAGCACAACGACCAGUUCUGCGCCAAGAACACCUUCUCCAUCUCGCUCCCCUUUGGCAAGUACCAGCGCGGCCCGGCCGACGGCGAAUUCCCGCAUGGCGGGUUCGCAAAGUUCUGGCGUGGCCCGUCCCGUUUCGCCGUCAAGAUUCCCAGCGGGCUCGACCCUGCUGUGGCCGCCCCGCUCCUCUGUGCGGGCGUGACGGUCUAUUCCCCGAUGCUGCACUACGGUGUGGGAACGCGCGCCAUGCGCGUCGGCGUGGUCGGCAUUGGUGGCCUGGGACACCUCGCCAUUCAGUUCGCCAAGGCAAUGGGUGCGCGCGUCACGGCCAUCUCGCGCGGCACUGGCAAGAAGGACGAUGCGCUCGCGCUUGGCGCCGACGAGUACAUCUCCACCAGCUCCGACCUCGCCUCCGACUUUAAAGGACACGAGCGGUCGCUUGACCUCAUCAUCUGCACCAUCAAUCCUCCCGAGCUUGAGGCCAGCUCAUACAUCCCCCUCCUUCGCCCGCGUGGCACGUUCGUCGUGCUCGGCUUGAUCCAGAAGGAUUUCACUCUCAGCCCUAUGGCCUUGCUCAUGGGAGCUUCGGGCGUCGCGGCGUCGGCCAUCGGCUCACCAGACGAGCUGCGCCAGAUGUUCGAUCUGGCGGUCAAGCACAACAUCCGCCCGUGGAUUACGAAGUACAACUUUGACGACGUCAACCUCGCCAUCGAGGACUUCCGCGCUGGCAAGCCCAGGUUCCGCUUCGUGCUCGUCAACACGGACAAUGGAGGCUCGAUGGCUUGA